AUGCCCGUAACAAGAGCUGUUGCUGAUGCACUCGGCGUGGUGACAAUCUGUCUAGUGGCCGCACUGGUCCUUGUGGGCUUAUUUUGCAUCAUAUAUUCAUUUUAUUUCCGCAGUCGUAUCCACAGACAGGGUCUCGUUCAGCUCAGCUACUUCAGCGGCCCUUGGAUCAUCCGCAUUACCUACAUUUUAUUUUCCAUCUGGUGGGGCGUUGGCGAGAUUGUCCGGCUCAGCAUUUGGAGGCAGGACGGGAGAUCCCUCGACAACCCGACGUCUGGUUGGCGGGAAAACAUAUGCAAAUGCUACAUAGUCUCAAAUCUGGGAUUCGCGGAGCCGUGCCUCUUUCUCACUCUUAUAUUUCUCCUCCGUGCAUCCCUGCAGAGCUCGGGCACUUUGGGCCCGAAAUGGAACGUGAAGACUGCCGGCUUUGUUCUCCUGUACGGCUUCCCCAUGUUUGUCCUUCAGCUAGCUGUGAUCCUGAUCGGGCCAGAGUAUAGGCGGAGACUGCCAUCUUAUUUCAUCCAAGCAUCUUUUGUUUCUUCUGCCCAAACAAAUACUGAUACUGAUGUCGCCUUCUGCACUUACCCUUUGCUUAGCACCAUGUUUCUUGGCCUGUUUGCGACCGUUCUGACCGUCUACCUCUUCUGGCUCGGUCGGCGGAUCCUUCAUCUGGUCAUCAACAAAAGCUUGCAGAAGAGAGUGUACACAUUGAUAUUCUCUCUUUCCAGUUUUUUCCCUCUCAGGGUCGUUUUGCUUGGUCUGACUGUGCUGCCUCAUCCAGAUAGGCUCGUAUUUGAUGUGGUAGCGUUUUUGGCUUUUCUUUCCCUCCUGUGUUGUGCUAGUGUGGGGAUCUGCAUGCUCGUCUACCUUCCCAUUGCAGAUUCUCUGUCGUUGAGGAGUUUGGAGAGGGACAUCGAGGCUAGAAGGGGGGUGAAUGACGACACCCUCUCUUUGCUUACUAAUCAAAGUCCUCUUGAAGAUAGUCUUGUGAGUGGUGGUAGUCCCAAGAGGAACUCGUCGGGGUCGGGAAAAAGCGGGUCGAUUUCUUUUCGGGCCAUGGAGACUGACGAGCCAUGCGGGUCGGGAUUUGUGGAGCUGAGCCUGUUCAAUCCUGACCAGCAGUUGAUGACCCCAUUUGGGUCCCCAAGGCUUGGCGGGUGGAAGAUGGGCCAACCUCCCAGGUGA